CAUUAGGACACCGGAAACUACGGCAACUGAGGCAGCAGCGAUUUCUUUGAUUUGUUCCUAAAUAUUUAGAUUUGUUACUAUUCCCGUGAUUGAUGUUGACCUGUAACACGUUUUCCAUGUUUCGGAGAACGUAUGAUUGAAACAGGAUAUGAAAUAGGAAUUCACUGGUCGCCUCCCAAUUAUAUAGGUAACCUGCUAUCGUACAUCAUCGUUAACCUCACACAAAAAUGUCCGCCACAAGGUAUAGACGAUUUCUCAAACUCUGCGAAGAAUGGCCAAGGGACGAAUCAAAAAAAGGCCGUGAUUUAGGCACGUUCCUUCGACAGAGAGUAGCGCAUGCAUUUCGUGAAGGAGAAAAUACACAGUUAUCAGACCCAGAAAAAUGUGACCAGAUGUACGAAAGCUUGGCCCGAAUCAACAGUAACAUUUACAAGGAAAAGUUUCCUCGAGCAAAGGACACAAGUUUCACAGGUGUUACAGUUGAGGAGUGUCGGAUGUUGUUAUCAACAGGGAACAUGCAACAGAUGGAUGAGGAGAAGAAGGGUUUGUGGAAGACCCUAAUGGAACGAUUCUCAUCCAAGCCUGAGGAGACCCCCGAAAAGCCCACUGAAAAGUAGUUAGCCAAUGUUCUUUCUGUAUAUUUUUCCUGUUUCUUGGUCCAAGUAUAAAUAAAAUAUAUUGUAAUUAAAUAGAAA